AUGGUCGAGGAGGCGAAGACACUCCGACUCUACCCUGAGCAGAAUAUAGCUGCCAACAUAGGCGGCUUCAGCCUCUUCCAGGAAAUACGUCAACUGCGCGUCAAGAGAUCGCAGAAGCUAGGGCUGAAACCGCAAAAGUGGCCGCUCAACAAGCUGAGACCGAUGACCUUCUUCAAGACUUUCGCCUGA